GGCAACUGCAACUAAACCGGUUGCCGUCAGAAAAAGUGAAGAGACAGGGCGAAACCCUUUGCACGGGCGGAUCUCCUGUUAGAUUAUUGUAGAUUACGCAGGUUAUUUGAAAUAAUAGCCACCGGACGACGAUGAAUAACAGUAAGAGGACUGUUAUAGUGACAGGUUUUGGGCCCUUUGGAGAGCACUCCGUCAAUGCCAGCUGGGUGGCGGUGCAGGAACUGAAGAAGCUGGGUCUGGGUCAUGAGGUGGACCUGCACGUGUGUGAGGUACCUGUGGAGUACCAGACCGUCCAGAGCCUGGUACCAUCGCUAUGGAAACAGUACCAUCCACAGCUGGUGGUACACGUAGGGCUGUCGGGCAUGGCAACCACCGUCACCUUGGAGAAGUGUGGUCGCAACCACGGUUAUAAAGGCCUGGACAACUGCAGUUUCUCCCCUGACGCCCAGUGCUGCGUUGAGGGGGGACCUGACUGCAUCGACUCCAUCAUCGACAUGGACUCCGUGUGCAAGAGGGUGACCUCCGCGGGGCUGGGGGUGGCUGUUUCUGUGUCCAAGGACGCUGGCCGGUACCUGUGUGACUUCACCUACUACACCUCUCUGUACCUGAGCCGCGGGCGUUCGGCCUUCGUGCACGUGCCCCCGCUGGGGAAGCCGUACAGCGCCGAGGCGCUGGCCCGCGCCCUGCAGGCCAUCAUACACGAGAUGCUGGACCUGCUGGACCAGGCUGAGAACAAGAUCCACUGCCAGCACUGACGCUGAGCCACCCGCCUGCAGCCACAGACCGCUACUGCCAGCUCCCAAACAGACCCGCUGCCCCCCCCCCCCCCCUCCUGCCCGGGGGGGACUGCACUCAAUCACAACCAGCCAGACGUCACUGAUGAUCUUUACCCCCCCUCCCUCAGGCUCAUCCCCCGACCACAGGGUUCACCUCCACACACCUCACCGUACGCUCGCUCCCGAGCAACCACUGUGCUUCCCGCUGUCGAGAGUCUGAGAGAGAGAGAGAGAGAGAGAGAGAGAGAGAGAGAGAGCGGCAAUAGGAUUGGAGUACUGGAGUAAGUGGGAGAGUGAGUGAGAGAGGGAAUAGGUGUGAAUUCAUUUUGGCGCGAAUGUGCCCAUCGGUGACGAGUGAGGGUAUGACACAGGACGGGACAGUCGGACUAUCGGAUAUCACAGCGGAGAAGACGCCACAGCGUGAUGGGCAAGUGGCCCAGUAAUAUCAGGUGAAAGUGCAGUCGGAAGGAUGUCGGUGCGUCCGCAUGUUACGAUUCGCCCUCUCAAAUUUCCCCCAGUUAUGAUUCAAACUACAAGCCCAAUCUUAUUUAUUUCUCUAUUUUAUCUGAAAUACAUUCUCAUUCUAUGAGCAUCUUACGACAUUUUUUAUUGUGUCUUUCAACAGUUUAAUCAUUGAUUAAAAUCAUUGAGUUUUCUUCGAUCAGUCAUGAAAGCCACAGAUAUAAUGGUGCCAAUAGGAUUAUUGUUGAAAUAAAGUUAACUGUGAUUUAUUGUACAUUCAGAUUUGUUGACUUUGUUUUCAAUGAUUUGGGUUCAGUGUACAUGCUCUACUCGUGCUUAAUUUCCUACGAGUGGAAGCAUUUUAAAAUGGAGGCCUACGCUGCUUCAAAUUUAUACAAAAAAAACACAGAGAACAAAUAACGUAUCUCAAGAUUGAAUCAAUACUGUAUCUAAAGCCCUUCAACUCUCAACCUUUUUUUAAUUUGAACUAAAACUAUGACUGGUUUUCUGAAUCCUUUUCUUGAUACAAAUAGUUGAUGUACUUCAAUGUGGAACACAAACUUCUGCUGUUUUACAAGAUGUUUCUGACAUUCUUUUUUUCUUUAUAAGAAGCUAUACUGUACCUUCUGUUGCUAAGGUUAUUUAUGUCACGUAGCCGCUUUGCUUUGUUUAUCGUCUGUUUUGAUUACCAUUUCUGGCGCACAAGGCAUUUCUAUUGACCGCCAUGAUGAAUUUUGUUUGUGUUGCUUCUUCACAGUUGCGAACGCUUGCACUUGUCCUAUCCAAAUUCAUCACGUCUCAUCUUCCAGUAUUCUGAAAUGUACUGUAAAUUUACUGUAUGGCCUUUAUUCUGGAUUCUUCCUGUGCUGUUUCUCGGUUCAUUUUGUAUGACUGUGAGUCAUAAAUAUGCCUGAUUUUUAAUACACAGAACGUUAAUAUUUUAAAAUAAUCACACUUGGUACUGUAAACGCAAACUAAAGAAAUGUGAUAAUCUACUGUUUAGAUUCCAUUUUUGUUUUACUGUGAAUGUGACAUUUAAAAUAUUCAGCCAGAAUUUUAUCCUUAUUUGUGUAGAGAAAAGCGUCGCCUUGGAUUUGCGUUUUAAAUGUUUUUCUCCUAUUAUACUGGGACAAUUAAAUGGGCAUUUCUUCCUUAAUACAUACAUGGAGCUGACAUACUUAAUGUUUGUUUAUGUUCCUUGUUAGCCCUUUUCAGAAGUGUCAGUCCUUUCCGUAGAGUAUAUGUUUAUUAUGUCCAUCAUCACAAUGCAACCGUGGCAAAGCCAUGCAGUACUUAUGCACUUCUAAAUUCCUGAUCGUACUUGUCACUCUACCAACCAAAUGUAUAUUUCAUUGGAGUCACAUACCACCCUCUAGUGGUGUAUAAUCCACAGUUUUAAAUAAGAAACAACUUGAGGGCAAUGUUUUCGUUACAGCAUGGUCUAUAUCUGUUUCUAAAUAUUUAACUUUGAUACCUUAUCAAGUGUUUGGGACGUCAUAGAUUAAAAGAGUUUAUAUUUUGGCUAAUAGUGAGAAGCAUGGCUGCUUCUUCAUUAAGGAUAUGUUCUUAAACGUUGGCUGUUUUAUCUCGGCAUAAAAUGCUUGAUUUCAUCUUGGUUUUUGGUGAGUUGACACUAAAUAAGUCUGUUCAUUCAGCUUCUUCGGCCCACGCUCACCCAGCAGACUUCUGUAAAAGUGUUUUUGUCUCUCAUAGCAGUGUUUUUGUCUCUCGUAGCAGGGACCGUUUUAGUCAUUUCUGAUCCCAUGAAGCAGCCUUUCAUGCAAAAUCAAAAUGACACGAAGAUACACAGUGAUGAGAUUAACAAUGCUAAUGCAGUUCAGAAAGGCAUAUUUAUUUCUUGCAGGUUUCUAAAUGUAAAUUGACCAUCCUGUUACGAUAAAAAUAAGUGGUGCCUUUGAAACCAAAAUACAUAAUUGGAAAGGGCUGUGUAAAUCCUAGUAGAUAAAUAUUUCUCUGCAAAGUACUCUUGUGAAACUCUCAAGUAUCUACAACUUAAGCCCCAAUAUAUGCGCUUUCCAAAAUUAAUGGUUUUACAUUGAGAAAAAAAUGUAAAAUGUAUACCUACCUCUUCUACUAUUCCCUUGUUCUAAAUGUGAUUGUUAUUGUUUAUUUUUGUGGUAAACCAUAUAUAAUUAUGACACCUAGAUUUAUAUCAAAGUCCUCUGUACAGGAAAUAUAUUUUCCAAUAAAUAUUUGGUAUAUGGCUUUUAAGCUGAACCAUGUCUUUGUAACUUUGUAAACGACAAUGAUCUUGUCGUUCAAAAUGGCUGCAUUGGCCAAAAAAUGUUUUAAAAAUAAAAAAAAGAAUCCUUAAAUGAAA